ACUUGGUACUUAACUCCUAUAAUCCUCACAUGUCACAUGUAAUAUAUAACAUAGACAUUAUUCUGCAAGUAAUUAAACUUUGGUGACCUGAGAAAGUUGUUUCUUCAUCUAAAUUGUUAUUGUUGAAGUGAAAAUGUCAGAUGAUCUGCUAACACUUAAUGUUGGUGGUGUGCAAUAUACUACAACAAGACACACUCUGCUUAGAUACCCGGAGAGCAUGUUGGGAAAAAUGUUUGAUGGAAAUUUUGUGCCAUCCUGCAAAGAUAAAGAUGGAAACCACUUCAUAGAUAGAGAUGGUGAACUAUUCCGCUACAUCCUCAAUUUCCUUAGAUCUGGCCGAUUAAAACUUCCUCAAAAUUUUACUGACUUUGAACUUCUCGAGAACGAAGCCGAUUUCUAUCAAAUUUCUGCCUUAAUAGAUGCUCUACAAGAGUUUAAAAAGCAUUCUACUGACGGUGCUUAUUUGGAGAUACUAGACUUCGAAGAAACUGCAUACUUUUACAGGUUUUAUAGCGAUCCGCCUAAAGGCAUUAAUUCGGAUUUAAAGAAUGGCGGACUAGUCAUUUCCGGUUCCAAGGAGGUUCUGUUGAGUCUACCGUUACCUGACAAAACUCACAAGGAAGUAGAAAAAUCUGAAUCACAGUAUAGGAGUGUAAACAUUAGCAGCACAGCCUGUCCAAAGAUGGCUCUAGUUCAUUUUUUGCAAUCCAACUGUUGGCAACUGGUUAAAUCAUCAUUUGCGUAUAAUAGUGACACGGAUGGUUCCUAUAUGGUACACAAAUACAUAUGGUUUAAACCAAGUCUCAAUUUAUAGAAAAUAAUCAGGGAAAAAGCAAUGCAUCAAGAAUUCUAAGUCUAUAACUGGUUUUAUGCCCAAAGCCCUUGGAAAAUUCCUCUCUACUGUUUAUUACGUUUUGUCUUGGGUAUGUGUCAUUCCAAGAAGUAUUUGUAUGAAAGAUAAUUUAAACUGUUUUUGCUUUAAAUAAAAAGUUGUCUACAUGGAAAAAAAGAAAUCAAAAAUUCGUAUUAUUCUCAAUGUUGAAAUAUUAGAUGCAACUCUUUUUUUUCUCUAUAUUUUCCUUAAAAAAUCCAUAUUAAACAAUUUGAAGAAGAAAGAAA